AUGACCAUAAAUCAUGUAGAGGGCAAUAGCCAAACUCAGUGGAUAAACUCUCAGGAUUCAAAUUCGACGACCAAAUCGAAAUCGGGCGAUUAUGAAGGGAAAAAAAAUUCAAUGGAAAUGGAACGAGAAGAUGAAAACAACGGGAUCACGUGUAAAAUGGACGAAACAAAUGGCGAUUUGAAAAGGUACGAAAAGGACAAAAACUACGGGAAAUUGGAUUUGUCCAUUUGUCGCGGGGAUGCUCAACUUCCGUCUAAUCUACCUCCCAGCGAUGUCAGUACAAACGAAAACGAAGAAAGCGACGAUGAGGACCAGCAAAACGACAACGAGUCCGACGACGAUCUCAAAUGCGGUCUCGGCGUUUUCUCACCCAAAUGGAUGCAAGUCUUCGCAUCGAAACAAGCUUUCUUGGUCACUUUUUGCAUCACGUGGGUUCUUCAGGGAAUGUACUAUACGUAUUUCGUCAGCGUCAUAACGACCAUCGAAAAACUAUUCCAGAUUCAAAGUAAAACAACCGGGAUAAUAAUGAGCGCGACGGAAAUCGGUCAAAUCGGAUCGAGCCUUUUGCUGACGUACUACGGAGGCCAGGGUCACAGGCCCAAGUGGAUCGCUUGGGGAAUGAUAUUGUUCGCCGUGAGCUCUUUCAUGUGCGCGCUUCCUCAUUUUAUAUUCGGCGAACAACUUAUUCACGCAAACGAUAUACUAUACAGCGGUUUGCCUCCGAACGCCGAUGUGAGUGAUAAAACGGGAGCGUCCCCGAACCUGUGUCGGUCUCUAUAUAACGAUAAUUAUCCUCCUCCUAUGUUGAUAAACGAUCAUUUGAAUUUUUUAAAGGAAAAUCCCAAUUACAAUAUUCGAAAUAGUUUUUUAAUGUUGCAUUCGGAAUCUCAAGCAAACGACAAGGCUAAUAAUAAAUACGGCAGCAACGUAAGUGCUGAUACCGGUUUUCGUAGUAAUAGCAAUAGUAGUAAUAUUAAUAAUAAUAAUAAUAAUAAUGUAAAUCGAAGUGCCAGCAAAGACAACACAAUAAGUAGAAAUAAUUUUGAUAAAAGGUACAACAACGUUUCAUCAUCGAUAUUGGACUUGAUGCAAAAUUCCACAUUUAAAAAUAAUUACACGGGAUAUUUUACAUUGAAACAAGAAGCGUCGAACGUGUUCGAUUGCGAAGAAGAUUUCCUGCAGGAGCAAAGGGCACAAAGUAAAAUAACCCAAAUCGUUCUUUCGAUAUUCUUUAUAAGUUUAUUAGGGGUCGGAAUGGGUCAGACGGCAGUCUACACGUUGGGCAUACCCUACAUUGAUGAUAACGUGGCCACGAGGGAGUCUCCGUUAUAUUUCGCAAUAACGAUCGGGGUUAGAAUACUCGGACCGGCAAUGGGAUUCAUUUUGGGAUCUGUUUGUACGAGACUCUAUGCGGAUUUAAGCGUGGAUCCUCAAAUAACUCCAAACGAUCCCAGAUGGGUUGGAGCUUGGUGGCUGGGUUUGGUUUUGGUUGCCACUCUGUUGGCUUUAUCAUCAUUGGCAAUGUUUUCAUUUCCCAAAAGAUUGAAAAGUUUCAAAGGGAAAAUCACUCCUCGAGCUUUUGUCAGAAAUGAUAAAAAUCCAAGUUUGAAAGAUUUUCCAAAAGCUGUGAAACGACUUUUGAAAAACGACAUUUUAAUGUUUCGAACGGCGAGCAGCGUUUUGCACAUACUUCCCAUAGCUGGAUUGUACACAUUUUUGCCGAAAUAUUUAGAGUCUCAAUUUAGAUUAGCGGCUCAUGCAGCCAAUAUGAUUUCAGGUGUCGGAGGGAUAUUAGUGAUGGGAAUAGGAAUUAUCAUAAGCGGAGUUUUCAUAUUACGAUAUAAACCCAAUGCUAGAUUCGUCGCUGCUUGGAUAGCGUUCACGGCGGUUAUAUACGCCAUAGGUAUGGGAAUAUUAAUGUUGAUCGGUUGUCCAAUGGAUGAUUUUGCCGGUUUGGAUUUUCAAGGAGCGGGUCAACCCGAUUUUCAUCCCGUCUGCAACACGACAUGCAACUGUGAUAGAGAAAAAUUUUCUCCCAUAUGCGGAAUAGAUGGUAAAACGUAUUUUUCCGCUUGUCACGCCGGAUGUAGAAACGCAACGUUGGUGGAUGGAAUGGUUGUCGAGGUAUCGACCGCAAGCAUCGGUUACUGUAAUUUAGACUGCUCAAAUUUUGUACCCUACAUAUUAUUGUUUUCGAUGUUUGUUUUUAUUCAUUCAACGUCGGAAGUGGGUAGCAUGUUGCUUAUAUUGCGAUGCGUUGACCCACGUGAUAAAGCCAUGGCAUUGGGAUUGAUACAAUUUGCCAUAGGAUUGUUCGGCAAUGUGCCGUGUCCCAUUGUCUACGGGGCAGUUGUUGACUACGCCUGCCUUAUUUGGGACAAAGCCUGCGGCACACAGGGCGCUUGUUGGCUCUACGACACAAACGUUUUUAGAACGUUUUAUCACGGCACGACCGGAGCGAUACUUUUAUGUGCAUUUUUCGUCGACAUCGUUGUUUGGUAUAAAGCCGGAAGUAUAAAUUUCGUCGACGAUCAACUUCCGGAACAAUCGGAGGAAUUGAGUCCGAUGAAACAAAGAUCGGAAACAUCGGUAUGA